GGGCGGAGCCUGGCGGGCGCGGCCGGACGGCGGGAGCCAUGCGGCGGCGCGGCGAGCAGGGCGGCGGGGCGCGGGCCCGGGAUGGGGAUGGCGACGGGGCCGGCGACAGCGCCCGGGCGGAGGGCAAGGCCGACGCGGGCCGGCGGCAGCGGGGCUGGCUGGCCUGCUGUCCCCGGCUGCGCACCCUCCUCCUGCACCUGCUUCUUAUCUACAUCUCCGUGCCCUUCCUCAUCCGCCUCUUCCCUGUCUUGCUCACCAAAUUUGUCUACCUGAACUUCUUGGCCUUCCCCUUCUUCGUGGACUUUCGGCGGCCAGAGCUGCUGCUGAACAACACCAUCAACCUGUACCUCACCACUGAGCCAGACGUCACGGUUGGCAUCUGGCACACGGUGCCGAGCAGCAGAGGGGACGAGGCGCAGGGCAAGGACCAGCGCUGGUAUGAGGAGGCACUUGCCGACGCUCACCCUAUCAUCAUCUACCUGCACGGCAAUGGGGGAACCAGGGCUGCGAGCCACCGUGUCCAGUUCUUGAAGACGAUGGGGGCUGCUGGAUUCCACAUCCUGGCUCUCGACUACAGAGGCUAUGGGGACUCCAGCGGGUACCCCACAGAGAGCGGCUUUACCACAGAUGUCCUGGCACUCUAUGACUGGGCCAAAGCGCGGAGCGGGAACAGCAGCAUCCUUUUCUGGGGACACUCCUUGGGGACAGGGAUUGCCACGAAUGCAGCAAGAAAACUGCAGGAGGAGCGAGGGGUCCAGGUUGAUGCUGUUGUCCUGGAGUCACCGUACCCCAGCAUCCGCGAAGCAGCUGCCCACAUCCCCAUCAGCAAGAUCUACCGCCAGUUCCCGGGUUUUGAGUACUUCAUCCUGGACUCGCUAGCUCUGGGCAACAUGUUCUUCUGCAGCGAUGAGAAUGUGAAGGUGCUGACCUGCCCGCUCCUCAUCCUGCACGCUGAAGAUGAUGCUGUCCUGCCUCUGCACCUGGCCCACAAGCUCUUUGAGACCGCUCGCAGUACCUACAAGGACAAAACCAAGGUGAAGUUCAUUACCUUUCCCAAAAAGCUGGGCCUGGGCCACGACUACAUCUCAUUCAACCCAGAGCUGCCCGCCCUGGUGAAAGACUUCUUGAACAUUCAGUGAUGCCACCUGCCACAGCGACCACAAGCACUCCCUCAGACUCCCAGCAGGAACCCCUCAUGGCACUGAACUUACUGCUGUAAUAAAAACUACAGAGAAACUUUCUAA